AUGCUCACGUCCAAACUCGAGCUCGACAAUUUCGACGCUAUACUAGAUGCGCUGGACCUGCACAAGGUCCUCGACAGAGAAGUUGCUCAGCUUUCAGGUGGCGAACUGCAGCGGUUCAUCAUUGCGCUCACUUGCGUGCAGCGCGCCGACGUGUACAUGUUUGAUGAGCCGACUUCUUAUCUCGAUAUCAAGCAGCGACUGAAAGCCUCCCGUAUGAUCCGUUCAUUGCUCAAUCCGACAUGCUACGUCAUCGUCGUCGAGCACGAUCUCGCUAUCCUCGACUACUUGUCCGAUUUUAUCUGCUGUCUGUACGGCAAACCGGGUGCUUAUGGCGUCGUCACGCUUCCUCAAGGCGUACGAGAAGGCAUCAAUAUCUUCCUCGAUGGCGAGAUACCGACAGAGAACUUACGAUUCAGAGACGAGAAGCUUACCUUCAAGAUCACCGAGACCGCAGACGAUAUCGUCAUCGAAAAGACCAGAGCGUAUUCGUACCCCAAAAUGACAAAGACUCUCGGCGAUUUCAAGCUGUCUAUCGAACCCGGCGAGUUCACAGAUUCGGAGAUCAUCGUCAUGUUGGGCGAGAACGGUACAGGCAAGACGACGUUUGUCAAGUUGCUGGGCAACAACCUAGAAGCAGACGAUGGCGUUCAAGUGCCCAAUCUCAACCAGUCUACCAAGCCACAGACACUCUCGCCUAAGAACGCAGGAACAGUACGACAUCUCUUCCUGAAGAAGAUCAGAGCGGCAAGCAUGACUCAGCAAUUCAUCUCCGAAGUCAUGAAGCCCAUGAACGUCGAUCCGCUCAUGGAUCAGGAGCUUCAAACCUUGUCCGGUGGUGAACUCCAGAGAGUCGCCAUCGUCCUCUGUCUUGGCCAGCUCAAGGCUGACAUCUUCCUUCUUGACGAGCCCUCGGCUCACCUCGAUGCAGAACAACGUAUCAUUGCCAGUCGCGUCAUCAAACGAUGGAUUUUAGCAUCCCAGAAGACCGCUUUCGUCGUCGAACACGACUUCAUGAUGAGUACCUACCUCGCCGAUCGCGUCAUCGUCUUUGACGGCCAGCCUGCGAUAAAGGCACGCGCGAAUACGUAA